GGCAGGAAGCGGAGCUCAGUAUUGAGGGAAAUAAAGCGGUCAGCUGUGUCAACAGACCACAGGGUAACAACAUCUCUACAGUCCGUUUAACACCGUGAAUCUUCCUGGGCACGUUUUCACGGUUUUUCCGGGGAAUUUUACCGUGACAUUAGCGCAGUAGGGUUGUUCGUUCUUAACGCGUACAGGCUGGGCUGAGCGUUUAGCUGAGCUGGAUGGUUAAUGAGUAUUUUGCUGGUAGUUUUAUCAGUAACUCAACACAGUGGAAGUGAUUUGUUGUAACAGGAGCAGGACAGCUGACCGGUAACAUGUCUGACUUUAUUAUUUUAUGUCUGAUCGGUGUUCUGGUGGUGAGUCUGGUCUUGACUCUGCUCGGUUUGGUGUUUUACUCCGGACUUCUCUCCGAGGUCGUUAUUCGCACAGGAUCUCCGCCGGUCAAGCAGAUCACCAUCGCCUACAAAUUCAAGAAAGGCUCCUACAAGGAGAGCGGAGCUGCCUUCACCGAGAGCUGCAGCAUUGCCCCCAAACUCUGCUCCAUUGGGGUGUACUACGAUGACCCCAACCAGACUCAGGCUGAUUGUUGCCGGUAUGCAGUGGGGAGUAUCCUGAGUGAGGAUGAGGAGAAGCCCGAUGAAGAGCUGCAGCGUCUGUAUGAGAAGUUUGGGUUCAGGGUCAUCUCCUUCCCUGAGGUCUCCUGUGCUGUGACUUCCUCUUUCCCAAACAGAUGCCCACUGUCCCCCAUCUGCGGGGCAUACAGAGUCUUCCCUGAACUCAACGCCUACGUAACCGAAAGAAGACUUUCUGCGUAUCCUUUCCUGGAGAUUUGCAAGGGAGACCUGAUCCACUACAUGUGCCCACUGGAGAAUCAGGAGAGCUUUUUCGUACCUGAGCUCCUAGAGAAGGAAACAAGGGAUGAGGAGGAGCCAAAGGAGGCAGAGGCAGACGCAGAGGAAGACAACAAAGGCGAUGAAGUCACAGAGACAGGCGAAAGCUGUUGGGUUGAGAGCAGCGUGGAGAUCCAGGAGGCAGGUGUGUCGGGUGCUGAGAGCAGAGAAGCUGUGGAAGACCCGCCAGCGGAGCAGCAGAGUGCAGAGCAGGACGAGGGAGACGGACACAGCGAAGAAGCCGACCAGGAGGCCAAGGGCUCCAGCGAGUCUUUAGGCAGUGGCUCCUCGUUUGAAGAACUGGACAUGGACAUGGAGGAAGCAGAGAAAGAGAAUACAGAUGGAGAGAAGGAACAGUUGGGGGACAAUGAAGAAAAAGCAUAAAGAAGUGCAGGAAAGGAAAAAAGGGAUGUGUGUGUAUGUGUGUGUGAGUUUAAAGAAGAAGAUAAUUAAAGCUAUUUUGUUCCUUAAAGGUAUAAUAAGUAAUGUUUUUCACUUUUCACGAUUUUAACACACAUGUAAAUCUGCCGCUUGGGGAAAAUGACGGAAAUAAUACGAGCAAUGGCUGUUAAAGAGUAAUUAAAACACUUUAUAACAAUGUAAUAAAUACCACAGUUUAAGAACAUACAGCUCUGGGAAAAAUUAAGAGACCACUUUUCAGUUUCUGAAUCUGUUUUUUCUGAUUUUGCUAUUUAUAAGCAUAUGUUUGAGUUAAAUGAACAUUGUUGUUUUAUUCUAUGAACUACAGACAAAAUUUCUCCCAGAUUCCAUAAAAUAAUGUUAUUUAAAGCAUUUAUUUGCAGAAAAUGAGAAAUGAAACAAAAAAAGAUGCAGAGUUUUCAGAAAGUUCAUAUUCAUAAAGUUUUAAGAGUUCAGAAAUCAAUAUUUGGAUGUGGAAUAACCCUGCUUUUUAAUCACAGUUUUCAUGCAUCUUGGCAUAUUCUCCUCCACCAGUCUUACACACUGCUUUUGGAUAACUUUAUGCAUUUACUCCUGGCGCAAAAAUUCAAGCAGUUCAGUUUGGUUUGAUGGCUUGUGAUCAUCCAUCUUCCUCUUGAUUAUAUUCCAGAGGUUUUCAAUUUGGUAAAAUCAAAGAAACUCAUCGUUUUUUUUUUUCCAGAGCUGUAUUAAAAGUAAGACCAUAACAUCUAAUCAGGCCUAUGAUUUAGUCAAGAGCACUUGUUUUAGUUUAAAAUAAAACCAGGAAUCAUUACUAAGGAGAACCAACUUCCAUUAUGCAUUUGUCUUUGUGGAGAGUGGAGAAGACCAACAAGUCCAUCUAGAACAUCUAGAAGCUCUGCUGUCAUGGUGUGUUGUUCAAUUUACUGGCACUCUGACAGCCCAAUAUUACAUUAAUAAGGCCCUGUAACCGCUGACCCUAACUUGUCUGAAUGCACACUUCUGUGUGCUAAUCUAACAAGACAAUGCUUGUCCUCAUGCUGCUGCUGUCUCAGGAGAUUGCCUGAAAGACACAGAUACUACGUCUUCACUAGUUAAAACGUGUGGGUUGCUAUAUAGCUUGCUAUGAGCACUCCUACACUACAUCAAAAUAUGCAGGAAUAUUUGAGCUGCAUGGGAUGAUACUGUAUAUCACAAACACCAUUAGGAACCUCUACAACUUUACAACAAAUGUACAACAAAUGCAUAUGGCAUGUUUACGUUUCACGCUACUUAUUGCCCCUUUCAGUCUACAUUUUUAACCAUUUCAUUGAAAUCAAACAAUUUUUCAUUAAAACCAUGGGCUUAUUCGUUGCUGGAAUAAAAACCUGCAGCCACACCAGCCAAUCACAGAUGAGUUUAGUCACCCCUAUAUACAAAUACAAAUAAUUUACAAAUUAAAUCACCUGGUCAAAUUUGAGGUGUCUCUUAGCUGCUCUUUUGUAAUCGUUUAUUAAGUUUCUUGAAACUACUUAUUGUAUCUUUAAUGAAUCACAAAAAAGCUCAUUUUCAUGACAAAUCACCCUUUUCAGGGCUUUGGAUUAAAAUAGUAACUAACACAAUCCAAGCACAAAGGAUUUUCGAGCUUUGUAUUGUGUUAUCAUACAAUGUAAUCGAUGCCUGUGCUGCUUUCUCUGCUUUUGAAGUUUAUCUUAUUCCUAAAGUGGAAAAAAUACUCAUAAAAUUAUAACUAAUAAACCUUAAAUAUUUAUCCACACAAUAAUCUGUUAAUCUUUUAUAAUCUGUUAUUAUUUAUGAAACAAUGUGUUCUGUAGAUUAAAAAUUGUAAGAAUGAAUGAAUUGAUAAAUUGAUUAUUUUCAUUGUCAGUUUUUGUAGGUCUGUCUACACAUAAUUAUGGAGUAUAAUGAUGGUAAAGGUUGUUAUUCUGGUUAAUAACUUCUUCUUUUAAUCAUAUGGUCUUUAUAAAACACUCUCGUCCUUCUGCAUGUGACCGACGUGUUUGUUGUUGAUAACAGACGUCUUUAAAAAAAAAAAAUGUAUGAACAAAAGGAUUAAAACGGCAGUGUAAUCUC